UUCCCCUCUUACCCCCCCAUUCCCCCCAUUCCCUCCAUCCCUCUGCAUUCCCAUCUGCCCCAAAUGUUUCAUAUGGAAUUUGAAUGGAAAAGUAUGAGCAUCAGUAUGACACUUCCAUAGUGGUAAUUAUUGAACCUUAGCAUUCAUUAUCAAUGGUUGUGAAAACAAGGAAGUAACAUUCAUCAAAGGCUGGAUCCAAAUCAGUUUCUUAAGACAGUACAGUGCAGGAAAGAGAAGACGACUCAGCCUUGUGAAUAGAGAUCAUAAACAGAGAGAGAUCUGGAGAAGAUUGGGCUGUGCUUACAGAGGAACGGGAAGGAAAAUGAAGUUCAGGGUCAGUGCAAAUCCUGCUAUGCUCUCAUGCAAGCACAAAUGUCAAAGCAGAAUGCAGGACUAUUAAAGCUUCUCACUAAACAGGAAUUUUCUUGUCUACAUUUAUUGGAAAGAGCCUGAGAUGGUGAGAAAAUCUAAAGCAAAUGACUAAAGAAGGAUGCAGAUAUUAAAUUCCAUCAAGUGCUGACCCAUGAAAGACGUAACGAUAAAAAGAGGUGGAAAGAAAUUGCUUAUAUUCAUUGCUGUACGAUCAGAAAGCUUCAAUCCUAACGUGAGAAAUGUGCAGGUGUGCAGCUCAGAAACACGUGGAAUCAUAAAACAUGUGGGCAUCUUCCUUCCAUUGGUCAGAGAACUGCAGCACAGCUGCAGCUUCUCCCAAGUCUUUACUGCAGGAAGGAUUCCGAAAAGACAUCAAGAAAAAAAAGAAAGAAAAAAAAAAAAAGCCUCUCCCUUUUCUUCAGGCUUUUUUUUCUUUUUUUUUUUUCCUAAAAACAAAAAGCAAACAAAAGGUACAAAGAAGAGAUUUCUGAGGAUGGCUGGAAUAAACUCCACUCAAGCUCAGCAUUCUACACAAUGCUUCUGUGUCUUAGGAGUAAAUCAGUGGCAAGUUCCAGGCAAGGCCCAGCUGGCCAAGUGCAAGUGCUGGUGACUGACUGAAUGAGAAGCUAAUUGACUCUCUGCAAUUAACUUCCAGUGGUCAUUAUCACUGUGAUAUUUAAGGUACUUGUAAAACUGAUGAAUCUGUGCUUGUGAUUUCUUUUAAGUGAGAAAAUAAAACAAGUUCCAGAUGAGUAGCUGGGUGAUAAUUAUCAUUGUUCUACAUGUUAAUUUUGGUAAUGGCUGUAUUUUAUUAAGGACUAAUGAGUCAUCUUCAGUGCUUCCAGUCCAGGUGACAAGGAAAAACCCAGCAAAGGACAGUUACAACCCACGGCAGGAGCAGCACGGUGCUUUGGUGCAGUUCUGUUACCCAAAGCCUCCUGAGGAGAUGACAUUUGGAGAUCAGCUGAGUGAUGUUUGUGGAGCAAGCUCCUCUCGGGAAAAUUAAGGAAGCAGAAAUGCAAAUGCCCAGCACUCGGCUCCUGCAGGCAUUUGGAACGCAGUCGGCUUUGCCAUUCCUUUACAUUCUCAUUUUUUCAGGAAAAUGGUCGCAUUGGUUCCUCACGCCGCUUCUCCGUGUCUCCUCCACGCUCACAAAGGCGGCUCCGCACGACCGCGCUCAGCGCGGCUUCCAUCGGCGACGUCACGGAGGGGGGGUGACGAUCGCGGCGGUUAUCGGCUGUCGGUUGGCGCCAUCAGGCGACAGCAGUCAGUCGGCGCGCAGCCAUGCCUGCUUUCCAGCCCGUCCUGCGGCGUCGCUGCCACUUCGCCGACCAGUGCCGGAGCGUGCGGCUCAGCGGCAGCUGGGGGCGCCCCUACCCAGGUCCCGUUGGAGGAGCCAGAGGAGGAUGGCGUGCCGCAUCCCAGAGACGCAGAAACGCUGUCCGGGCAUCCGUGCUCCAGCGCUUGAGAAGACGUGGAGGAAGAUGGCGUACCAUAAACCAGAUAAGCACAGUCCUCAUCCAGCCCACAAUAAUCCAGCAUGUGGGAGGGGCUGUAGGAGCAUGGGGUACCGGUGCCCAGACUGCCAUGAUCGUUAGCCAGCCCUCCAUGAUGCAGCAUAUGGGAGGAGCUGGAGGAGGAUGGGGUGCUGCUACCCUGAGAAACAGGUACAUUAUGCGGGCAGCCGUGUUCAAGUACAGGAGAGGAGCCGUGUUCGAGUACAGAAGACAAGCUGUGUCCAAGUACAAGAGAUCAGCUGUAGGAGGAUGGGGAGACAAUAGUCACACAAUAGUCACAAGUACACAUCUUAGCCAGCCCUCCAUGAUCCAAAACAAGGGAAGAGCUAUGAGAGGAUCAGGAGACAUUGAUCAGAUAACCAGCAUGCUCAGCCAGCUAUCCAUAACGCAGCACACGGGAGGAGCAUUGGGAGGAUCGGGAGGCACUAGCCAGAUAUCCACACUCGUUAGCCAGUUCUCCAUGAUGCAGCUCACAGAAGGAGCUGUAGGAGGAUCAGGAGACACUACACAAAGAAAUAUAGAGCAUGGCCAGGCACCCAUGAUGCAGCACAUGGA